ACACCGUAGCUACCAAAUUUUGACAUUUCAUUAAAUUUGAACAAUAAUCGCACAUUUCAAGAGGUAUUGCGAUGGCGCCUGUUAAAAAUAAUUAAGCAAUAUUUACUGCUGAUAAUUGCGUGCAGAUAUUUCGGCGACUUUACACGGAAAGAACAUGAAUUCACAAAGAUCCCACAAAACAGAAAAGGCACACCAACAUACCUACGAUGUUGAUACUAAUCAGUACUAUCUUGAAGUAGAUCCUGAUUUGACUAAAGAUGUUGAUCUUGAAAUCCCAAGGGCAAGUGCCCGUGCAAGCGCCAGAACUCAGAACUCGAUGUCAUCUAAGUCGAGGAAAACUACAAAAAGCAAAGCCUCAAAUCCGGAUCCGGAGAACAUUGUGCGAUCCAGGGGUCGCCCAAUAAAACCUCAUGAGACCGAACCGUUCCUGGCAAUCAACAACCUGCCACCAGAGAAGACAUUUUUGUCCGAGAAAACCACUCAUACACCAAGCUUAGCAGCUGCGUCUAGGGCCUCAGCUCGUAAGAGUCAAGCCCACCAACCUGUGAACCCCUUGGGCAGGUUUUCUCAUGGGGAGAGGCCAUUUUCUGGGCACCGGUCCCCAAAUAGAGGAGAUCGACCAUUGUCGGGUCAUCAAUCUCCAGGCAACCGACCAUUGUCGGGUCAUCGGUCUCCAGGCAACCGACCAUUGUCCGGCCAUCGGUCUCCAGGCAACAGCAGUUCUGCUGGAAUUGGUUCCCCACAUUUUGAAGAUCCGCAUCACACAGUUGCCCAACAAAAAACGGAAACCAGUCAAUGUGACCCUUGCUCGCCAAACAACCUUGACCUAGAUAUUAAAAAUGAAACACAUGACCAAGAUAUAAACAAAGCAAAUUUCAAAAUUGAAGAACAUCAGGACAUCCCAAUUUCUCAAAAAGUAGACCAAGAUAUUGUGAUAAAAGAAGAAGUUCUCAAGAAUUUUACGGAAACUUCAAGUGUUCAUAAUAAUUUGGAUUUGUCUGAUCAAAGGACAAGGCCAAAUACUGCAGAUGUACGUUUAACUAAUGGCGUCAUAUCACCGCUGUAUAAAGCUCCAUCUAGACCAAGCACCGCAUCUGGUCAUUCCAAUGUCAAGGUCAAUGAGAAAGUCAGAAAAUCGCCAUCUGCAUGUACAUCUAAUGAACCGCAUAUCUCAGAAAAACCUCUCUCUGGUUCUAAGUCAAAUAGGUCAUUAAGUGCACCUCAGAGGCCACGACCUUCAGCUAGAGGUCAAGGGUCAGGUCAAAGGUCAAGGCCAAGCACAGGGUCGCGACAUGGUUCUCGAUUUGUUGGGCUGGGGUUCAGGAGCGUUCUCUCUCGGACUGGUAGAAUUACACCAGCAAACACUCCAUACCUGUCGCCGAAUAAAGCGGUCCGCCAGGCAAACCACCAUAUCCGCUCGCCAUUCAAACAUUCUGUCGAUAAACCGGAUAUGCAACCGGACGGUCGGCAGACCCCAUCCAUGGGAAUGAAGGAGCGUACAGCCCUGGCGGCAUUUCACAUACAUAAGAUGCUGGGCGUGGCAGGGGAAAGAGAUGCUCACAAGACGCCUGGAUUGCUACGCAAGGGGAAACUGAAGCCUCUUUAUCCGGUCAAUGCUUCCGGCCCCAACAUCCAGCAGUGUCGGGGAAUCAUUUCAGAAGCACGUUCGUACCAGCCAUCACCGAGCCGCACCCUCCAGCGCCGUCUACAGCUGAUAGGCCAGAUCCCGAACGUCCAUGAGUAUCUGUACGAUCGUCCGGGAACCAUUGAGUCAGUACAUCAGACAUCUGUGGCCUCGAGUAUUGACGACAACUAUGAUAAUAAUCUGAACUCUGAUAGAAACCUGCCUGAUGAGAUCAUUUAUGCUGAAAACCCAAUGGCUGAACCACCGACUCCACAAAACACAUUUCUACAAGGACGAUCACAAGAACCCACUUAUAUUCAUGAGGGAACCACUCUAGAAACCAUAGCUGAUUAUGGAACGGAUGAAACGCCAAGAAUGUUUGCAACAGAAACCGGUAAAACCAAGUCAGACCUCUUAAUUUCCGAUAAAGUACAGCAAGAACUUCAUAUAACUGAAUCAAGUGACUCUUUAAAGCACUCAACAGAAGUUUUGGGUCGAAAUGAUACUACUGGUAAAGGACAAGAGAUUAAUACCUCUGAUGGUAAGAAUAGACUAGGAAGUCCAUCCAAAUCUGUGAGAUUCGCUGAAGCGAAUGCUAAGCAAGAUGCUAAUGCACAGAAUAGCAAAGAGAUGAAGGAAAUUGUGAAUGAGAAUAUUGCAAAGCAAGAUAAAACUGGUGAUGAUACUGAGAAAAAUGAUGUAGGGGUUGAGAAAAAGAAUAAGAAGAACUCAAAUCAGUCAUGUCAGGAUGAUGCUAUUGAUGAGUUGUAUAAGAAAGACCAAGAUGAUGAUGAUGGCGAUGAAAAGGAAAGAGACAACAGAAACAAUGAAACAAACAAGAGCAACAACAGUGGAAAUGGUGGUGGAAACCAACCUAGAACUGAUUCUUGCAAAGGUACUGAUAACAAAAGUUCUGGCAAAAAGGAAGGCUCUAAUAAUGACUCAGAUUCUCACAAAAUGCAAGGAGCAAGUAAUCUUAAUGAAAGAACAGUGUCACCAUCAUUAAAUGGAGUUGUAACUGCUGAUGAUGCAAGAAGAACAAAGCAGAAAUCAGAGGGUGCUAAGCCUAAAGUUAAUCAUGAAAGCACAAAGGGUUCAGUCGGACCUGGAUCUGUCAAAGGACAAAGGUCUGGGUUAGCAGAUGGUAAAAGGCCUGAAAAAAUUCGUAGGCCUGCAUCGGCACCUGGUCAGAGAUUAGCAAAUGGUCAAAGGUCUGGCUCAGAAAAUGGUCAAAAGCCUGGGUCAACUAAUGGUCAAAGACCUGGCUCAGCAAAUGGUCAAAGACCUGCCCCAGCAAAUGGUCAAAGACCUGGCUCAGCAAAUGGUCAAAGACCUGGCUCAGCAAAUGGUCAAAGACCUGCCUUAGCAAAGGGUUAUAGACCCCCAAGUGCUGGAAAGGAGAGAUGCGCAAGGUUUGAUAGAUCAAAAGCCAGCAAGGCUCACACUCAAACACUAGAAGUUUCUACUGUACUCCAUGGUAGCUCAGUAAGUACUAGCCUUCGCCCUGAAAGUCCGAAAUGUGGGCGAAGCCGAUCAGCAAGCCCACAUAAUCGACGGUCAAGUAGGGCAAAAGAUUUGAACAAUAUGAUGUCUAUGGAUUUCUUUUCUUAUGGUCCAAAGUUUGCUGGUCAUGAGGAUGUUGAAGAGGAAUUUUAUACUAGAGAGCAUAAGACUAAAGUUAAGUUUAUGCUGGAUGGUGAAGAAGAAGUAAUGGAAACUAUUUUUAUUGACAACAAUGAUGGUGAUAUUGAUUUGAAACCAGGUCAUGUUAUUGACUUUGACACUUUAGAAACAGAGCUUGCAUUAAUGAGAAGAGAUAUAAAAACUUCUCUUAAAGAAGCUGAAGAAACGAAUGCUGAUUCUGUCAAUGAGCCUGUUGAUGAGUCUAAUGACAAUGAUAAAACUGGUGAACCGGAAAUUCCGACUGAACAAGUCAGCAGUGAACCUGUAGCUUCAGUCAGAGAUGAUUAUUCAUAUUUGCUUGAAAAUUACCGACAGCGGUGUAUGGACAGGAGCGAAAGCUUUGGAGAAUUCAGCGCUAGACUUAUUACACCCAGUCAUACAGUUGGCAGCCUUAAAACUAGAAACCUGUCCACGCAAGAUCAUAGUGAUGCACAGGACAGGGGAUCAGACAUUGUUAAUAAUAAAAGCGGUGGAAGUGUAACCACAUUAACAACUGAUAGUGGACGAGGGUCGACAGAAAAUUUGUCUGAAAUGACGCAAACAGCAAGCUCAACAUUAACUGACAUACCUCGCAUGGACUUUGGAGAAAGUACAAGUGACCUCGGACUAGAUACGGCCCGUAGUGAUCUGACCCAGGGGGAUAACUUUGACGGAGGAGACGAUGGGAAAAAAAACCUGUUAGAGCUUGUUUGUGACCAGUUAGCCCCAAUAGAAAAGAUUCAAAAAGCAAAAGAUCGCAAAGAAAUUCUUAAAAAGAUUAUGCGCUCACAUAGAGCGCCAAGGCCAGAAGAUACAGCAAAUCUCAAGGUCGUUGCCACCACCAAGUCCCUGGCAAAGAACAAGCAUGGUUCAAGUGGGACCGUAGUGGAAAGCCCGCCAUUUCCGCCGCUGUGCUUCCAGAUAAACGCCCGACCACCCGCGGGAUACCUCUACUAUUUCGCAUACGGGCCUGAUAUGAACCCAGACAGACUGAGCAGCUAUCUGGGUCAUGACGUUACGUCUCGUUACUGGGGACUCUUGAUGGGUUUCAACCUCGUCUUCAACAAAAGAGGAACCAGUGUGGAAGCAGGGGGAUUUGCCAACUUGGAGUUCAACCCUGUACGCUCUGUGGAAGGCUGUUUGUAUAAGAUUACCUCUGACGAUCUGCGCAUCUUAGACAGUCGUGUAGGCUAUCCUCAACACUAUGAGCAUGUGAUGUUACCAGUCUGGAUGUCUAACAGCAAGGAACCAGACUCUAUGGGUGUGGCCCAGUACUGUGUCCCUGCCCUCAUGUACAUUGCCCAACAGAAUUGGACUGAAACAGAUCAAACUCUGCCUUGUGACUAUGCACUAUCACAACUAUUGAAGAGCUCUGAUAUGCUCACCCCAGCCUACAGAGAGUCAUUGGUUACCAAGACAACACAACAACCCAUUGCUGUAGCCUAGUUGCUUAGCUACUGUUGCUAGGCGUCUCAGCAGCCAAUCACAGAAGCCUCAGUCAGCUAGGUGCUUGGUGGUUGUUGCUAGGCAACUGAUGCCAUAUUUGUGCUUGGUGAUUGAUGCUAGGCAACUGUUGCUAUCUUGGUGCUUGGUGAUUGAUGCUAAGAAACUCAGCAAUGAAUCACUGAAGUCAGAAAGGUACUUGAUGACCUUUGCCGUGCAAAUUUAUAACCAUUUGCAGUAACCAGUUGGUGUUUGGUGUUCGUUGCUAGGAAACCAACCAACCAGUGAACCUUGACAACAUAGGACAUAUUUAAAUUGUUUAAGAGCCAUUGUAUGUUAAUAGCUAUGGUAUAAAAAAUAAUUGGAUCACAUUAUAAAAUGAUGUGAAAUAGAUUAUAAGUUUGACUUUUAGUUGAAAGCAUUCAUGUUAAAUAUUGCCUUAAAACACUUAAGAGUGUGUUAUUUGAAUAUUAAAACUAGCUGUGUUUUUGGUGACUAAUAAAUAAAAAAAAAUCCGAAAUUGAUAAUAUUACUACAUUAAUUAACAAAUUCGCAAAAAAUGAUAGUUCGAAACUAACUUGAUAAAAGGGUCCCAGAAUGAUUUAAGAGUUGAUAUUUCACUGAAACGUUUUUAUUCAUAUCCAUAUUUGAGAAGAUUUAAAAACAGAAUCGCAAUAUAUUUAAAACUCACAUACUUUUCAAAUGCUUGUUACAAACAUUUUAUUUUAUUUUUAUAUGCAAACGUUAGAUGGACGAUUAUUUAAAAUAUGUUAUUAGAGUUUAGUUAGAAAUUGAUUAAUGUAUGCAGUAAAUUAAAAAUUAUUCUGUAUUCGUAAUUUUAGCAGUUAUAACAAAUGUGCUUGUCCUUAGAUAAACUAUGUUUUUCUUUUUUAUCAUAUAAAAAUGAGCUUGUCCUUAGAUAAACUAUUUUCAUUUGUCUUUAUUUAAUGAAAAAUAUAGAACAUGCAUCGCAGUAUUUAUUAGCAACCCAUCAGUAUUUAAAUUUGUUGAUCAUUUUUUUAAAUGGUAUUUUAUUGAUGUUACUUUCAUCAAAGAGUAUAUUGUACAUAAGGUUGAUUUGAUCAUCAAGUCAUGCAGAGUUCUCAAUAUUUGCGGUUUAACUGUCUCAAAUAGUAAAAUGACUGACCAGCUACUACUUAUUCCACUUGAAAUACACUUAUUUUCCCAAAUUUGAGCUGGCCCAAUACAUGUAACCUGGAGUACACAUAACUGGGUUUUCCGAUGGCAGAACAAAUAAAAAGGUGAAAUUCAAGCUGUCCGGUUAGCGCAGUGGUUAUGGCACUUGCUUCUCACCAAGGCGACCCGCGUUCGAUUCCCAGCCUGGGCGCAUGUGAGUUGGUUUGUGGUCACCAAGCUGGACAAGUGGGUUUUCUCCAGGCACUCUGGUUUCCCCAAACACACAAGACCACACUCUGGCACAACAUCGUGCCAACGAGAAUGACUUGGUAUAAGUUAUCAGAACUUCACAAUUGUUGUAAAAUAUAUAGUGUUUAAACUAAGCUGUUGAAUUUAAUGUAGCAGAUCAAUGAUUCUGUUGUUUCCAAAGUAGAGUGUGUUUAUUAAAUCAGUACAAUUUUGUUCGUACCGGUGAAUUAGCUUGGGAAAACUGGAAUAUUUAUAAUUCCGGGCUUCAACUAUUGCCAUUUUAACCAUCCAAUUUUGAUGGCACACGAUUCUUAUUCAGAGAACACUGGUCAUGUAGACUCGAUUUUAUUUCGACUUGGUAUUUUAUAACCUGCAAGGAAACAUUAAACAAGUCUACCUUUUUAAUGUUGACUUUGGAGAUAUAACACGACAUGUAACAAUAAUAAUGCUGACGUUCCUAGUUAAAAAGUGAAAAGUAGGAAAAUAAUUAUUGCGACAUGUCAUGUUAUAACUGGCAAGUCACCAUGACAGUUAUAGCAUGACAUGUCGAAAUUAUAAUUUGACAAAUCUAAUUAAUAAGUGAAAAGAUGGACAUUAUAAUUGUGACAAUUGUCCCAUUAAAAUUCGCAAGUCACCAUAAGACAAAUUCACUUGUUUGAUGUUGACUUGCAAGUUAUAACAUGACAUGUCACAACAAUUAAUUUGACGUACAUGUAUUUAGUUUAUAAGUGAACAGGUUGACAAAAUCAUUGCCACAUGUCAUGUUAUAACUCGCAAAUUACCAUGAAACAAGUUGACUGAUUAAUGUUGAUUUGGCAGUUAUAACAUGACAUGUCACAAUAAUUAUGUUGACUUAUCUUGUUAAUAAGUGAAAAGAUGGUCAUAAUUAUUGUGACAUGUCAUGCUAUAAUUUGCAAGUCACUAAGUUGACUUUGUUUUUUUGAAGAUGUCGAUUUUGCAGUUAUAACACAACAUGCUAGUAUGUCAUUAUAAUUAGGUCAUAAGUGAACAGGUUGACAUAAUUAUAGCCAUGUCAUGUUAUAACCUGUAAGUCACUAUGAAACAAGAUGAUUUUUAUUUUUUUGGAAGAUGUCGAUUUUGUAAUUAUAACAUGACAUUUGUCGCAAUAAUAAGGUAAUAAGUUAACAGCUUGACAUGAUAAUUGUCAGAUGUCAUGUUAAAACUCGCAAGUCACCAUGAAAGCAGUUGACUUGUUUAAUGUUGAUUUGGCAGUAACAUGACAUGACAUGUCACAAAAAAAAGGUAAUAAGUUAACAGCUUGACAUGAUUAUUGCGACAUGUUGUGUAUUAACCUGUAAGUCAACAUUAAACAUGUUAACGUGGCUACAUGAUCACAUCAUAUAUAGGUAUAUAUGAUAUACUCUUUGUUACAUUAUAGAGUUGUUGUUUUUUAAAUAUUUCAGAGUUUUAUUGAUAUUGUAUUGUAUUAUAUAGAUAGAAAUUGAAGAUAUAUUUAUGUAGAUAUAUAAUGUUUUAUUUUCGAACAUGUUUAUAGAUAGAAAUUGAAAAAUUAUUUAUGUAGAUAUUUUAAGUUUUAUUUUCAUACGUGUUAUUAUAAACAUAGAGGUUAUCUUAUCAACGAUUUCAAGUCAUACAAGUGCUUGCUCCAUUGACCAUGACAAUAGUUUUGGGUAGCAUGUCACAUGCUAAUGCAUGUAUCUGACUACUGUGGAGUUGUGGAUAUGGUCGUUGAUAAUAUGGCAUAAUAGGGAGUAACUUUAUUUGGGUAAUUCACUGUGAUAUUGUGAUUAAUAUGAUUUUGAUCAUUGUAUGUUAUUAUAAUGAUUGGCGUCACGCGAUUAUUGUACAUGACUCACCAUUGUCGCCAUUAGUUUUUGGUGCCCACUCGGUGAAAUAUACACGCUGUCCAGCACUUUUUGGCAUGAAAUAAGGGCUAAUUUUAGGGAUAAAAAAAAUAAAUUGUAGAGCUAAUUUAGGGCUAAAAUAAGGAAAUUAAGGGCUAAAUAUGGUGGUUGUUAACAUCAUAAUGGAAUUACCUCUGCAAAUUUAACAAGAAAUAACUUAAGUACAGGAAUGACAUACACCAGGGUUACAUUGUCUCAGCUGUUAUUUUACAUUAAAGACACAUUAAACAUGAAAUAGUGAGUUUAUUAGUUUGUAUUUUCAACUGUUAAGGCAAUUAGAGAAGUAAAAUGAAAAAAAGUAGGAACUGACAUUAAAAAUAAGGGCCUUUUUAGGAAUUUGAAUUUUGAGUUUUAUUAGGAAUUUUAGCAAAACUGAAAAAAAUUAGGAAUUUUUAGGGCCACUGGACAGCCUGAAUAUAUUAUGGUCUUACACUGGAACAAACAAUUAUCUUAUGUAUGUAUGUUUAAAGACCCAAAGUCAAGCGUUGCAGCUCAUAUAACAUAUUGCAUUGCUCGUAAUGUACGCAGGUUAUAAUUAAACUGCAGUUUAAUCAAUAACUCAAAUUCAUGCAUCUAUGUUUCUAUAUAUAUGUGUAUGAACACUUGUUAAGGAAUCAAUUCUAUAUUAUUAUUUUUUAAUGCUUAAAUGUACAAUAAAUUUAAGCAUACAAUGUGAAUAUGUUUACUUUUUAACAGCAAACCAAGAGACUUUAUGAUAUUUUCUUUUACAUAUAGCUGACUGUUUAUUUUAAUUUUCACCCAUACAUGUCAAACAGGGUUUAAUUUAUAAUUUUUACAAAUAGUAUUAAAUCAAGUCAUAUCAUUUACAUAUAUAUAUUAUAUAUAUAAAUAUAUAUACAGUCGAACCCCGAUCACUGGAACUCCCUGGGACUGGCGAAAAUACCUUGAGCCUCCGAAAAUUUGAGCCAAGCGGGAAUGUUUGGUUUUAGAAUAAAGAAAUAGGUCCUUUACAUCUAGUUCGAGCUAACGGGGAAUAUGUAUAUACAUAUUAUUUUUUUUCGAAAAUUGUUGGCACAGUUUUGUUAUUGUAUUUUUGGCAGAUUAAAACCUGUAUUUUUAAAUUUAAAGGGUAAAAAAUAAGACAAUAAUUCAAAGGCCUUAAAUAUAUCC